AUGAGUUCCAACGGCGGCUUUGCCGACCUCUUUAGCCUUGGGACCGCGAGCACGACAAAUACCGGCCGAAGAUCCACCUCGACCAUUCGAUCGCGCAACCGCCGUCUGAUAUCAUUCACAGAGGAUGAAGUCGACGAGAAUGGCAAACAAAUGCAGUCCUCCGGGUUGUCGUCGAUGUUAUCCCCCGAUAACUCCGCUGUUCGCUCCCGCGGUGCUACACCUUCACCUAACCCGUCCCGCGGAGUGUCCCCCAUACCCAUGAGACAUCCCUCUCGAGCAACCGAAGCUGCCAACCGUAGCAAAGGAAACAGCUCCUUAGGUGGGUUCUGCCGUGAGGAGGAAAGUGGAAUAAUGUUUGCUGAGUCGUCGCGAGCCGCUGUAGACUUUUUUGAUGCAUCAUGGACCUCGCUUCAGAGUCUAGCCUCGUCAGUACUAGGAAGCGAUAUUGCACGGCCGGCAACUACCAACGGAAGUGCUAGGGGGCAUGUGAGGAAACCUUCCCGCCCAGAUCCUUAUAUGAGACCCCCUGCACGAACGUCGACACCAGCAACCUGGGGUCCCUCGGCCCCGUCUACACCGGAGAUUGGAAGCGGAACCCAGGAAGAGAGACAGGCACUAGUACAGGCAAAGAAAAGGGAAGCCCUGUUAUUGGCAGACACGGGUCCGGCAUGGAGUACAACCCCACGACACAAACGGCGGGAUUCCAGCGAUCGGACGGGUCAUUCGAAUAUUGACCCUGACCUCGACGAGGACGCCUUAGCUUAUAUACAUCAUGUACAAUCCACAGAUACCAUUACCGGUGUUACGAUACGAUAUGGGUGCCAGCCUGCGGUAUUCCGAAAGGCCAACGGCUUCUGGCCCAGCGAUAGCAUUCAGGGCCGAAAAACCGUCCUGCUGCCGGUUGAUUCCUGCUCGAUCAAAGGACGGCCAAUCCGGCCUAAGAUGGGAGAGGAUCUGCUAGGAGAUGAUCAUCAGGAACGCGAGUCUUUGGAAGAUAUGAACGGCAGCUCGAUAGCGCCUACUUCAGCGCCUACGUCUGCCGAGGGAGCAACAUCUGCAUCUCCUGCAGCGGAGAUCGAAGGUGACCGAAUCUGGAAGCACGAGUCAUGGGUGCGUAUCGAGGGCUUUCCUGGGCCGGUUGAAAUCGGCCGCGUCCCGCGGAGAGCGUUGGGUUUCUUCCCACGAACGCGACGGAAAUCCGUUUCUUAUUCGGACUCGGUGUCGUCUCCAUUGUCAGGCCGGGGAGGCACAACCGCUCCUUCGUCGCCUUCGCCAAUCGAGUCGGCAUCGACGCAGCCAGUUAUUCCUCCAUGGGCUCGCCCGCAUGCUGAUUCGUCUGCAUCACGUACCUCUUCUAAGGGCAGGCCGGGCAUUCGCCAUCAACGCCAGCGCAGCAACAUCCAAUUGUCGGGACCUGGCGUUGGCACUCUCGACCAUGAUUCAAAUGCGCCAGGCCCCGCCAUGGACGGACUUAGCAAAUUCUUUGCCCAGCAUUUGCCAAAUCUUGCGCCCGUGGCACGCCCACCGGAUUUUGAAAGUUCGUCGGAAAGUGCGUCGACCGCGGCCGCGAACACCCCAACCAGUCUGGACAACCUUGGCGGAGCAGUAGAGUCCUGGGUCAGGAAGAUGACGACCCGAGCCAAGGCCAGCUUGAAUGAACUGCAACAGACGCAAGGCCCGGCAACCCAUGACCCCGCACAGGCCAUGGGGCGACGCGGCAACGGCGAUCUCAUCGAGCUGAACGAUGGGUUGGAGUCUCGCAGCUCGUCGAAUGCGAUCUCCGAGCCUCGGUGGAGACCCGAUUUGCUACGGUCGGGGUCAAGCCUUCACGAAGGAACAGCGUUGCGGGGACGUUUCCUCAGCCCUUCACCUGGGACGAGCCGGACUCGUUCUGGGGGGGACAGGGCGAAAGAUGAUUGA